CCGAACUGACAAUUGACUGGCUUCUUUCUCACUUUUACAUCAACUCGAGAUGCUGCCCACAGCUGAUCACAAAUUUUCUGUUCUCAGAUCCCACGGGCCGUGCUGAUUUAUCCUGGAUUUUCUGUUUAUCUCAUAUCUCCAUUUCAACGGACAACAGGUCUUUAUUUACCAAAUAACGUGGAAACCACGCUGAAUUCAGCUCGACCCCUUUCGCAGCGGGCUGCACCCACUUCCAUAAUUAAGGCCCCUUUCAACAUAGAAAUGGGAGGCGUGCAGAGAGCAGUGUCUGAGUGGCAAAAGCUGCCCCUGAGUCUCACCGAGCUGUGCAUCGACACAACGCUGAGAUGUGGACAGUCUUUCAGAUGGCGCAAGAUUGACGAUGAAUGGCAUUGUGUUCUUCAGGGCUGCAUCAUCUCGCUGAAGCAAGAUGCAGCUCACCUGCACUACAGGGCCAUCUGGCCCAGCCACAAACAGAAACUCUCUGCUGCCGUCGCCCCCCGGACGCCCCUUUCGCUCACAUACUCAUGUCCCUCGCCCAGGGUCAAGGAGGAGCAGGACGACGGGGUGCAGGUCGCGUCUGCCUCUGUAUCGGCACACGACAGCGACGUCGACGAUGACGACGGCACGGCCAGAUUUCUGCGCAGCUACUUCGCCCUCUCGCACUCGCUGUCGGCCAUGUACGAGCAGUGGGCGUCGUCCGACGCCAACUUUGCCCGCCGCGCGCCGGCCUUCACGGGCAUCCGCAUCCUGAACCAGGACGCGUGGGAGACGCUGGUCGCCUUCAUCUGCAGCAGCAACAACAACAUCUCGCGCAUCAGCCAGAUGGUGCACAAGCUGUGCCUCCACUACGGGCCCUACAUCGGCACCGUGGCCGGCGAGACCUUCCACGACUUCCCCGGCCCCGAGGCCCUGGCCGGGACCCGCGUCGAGGCCCACCUGCGCGAGCUCGGCUUUGGCUACCGCGCCAAGUACAUCGCCGAGACGGCACGCAUUGUCGCCACGGAGCGUCCGGCGGGCUGGCUGCGCCAGCUGAGGAACCCAGAGUGCCCGGCCCUUGACGCGCUUGGCGGCGGCGGGGUCGGGGACGCCAAGGAAGAAAAGAACGCCGAGCCAACAGCUCCAAGCUACAGAGCCACCCACGAGGCGCUGGUGGAGCUCUCGGGGGUAGGUCCCAAGGUCUCCGACUGCGUGUGCCUUAUGGGCCUCGGCUGGGGUGAGGCGGUGCCCGUCGACACGCACGUCUGGCAGAUUGCUCAGCGAGACUACGCGUUCGGCAAGGGCGGGAAGAGCAAGACCUUCUCCAAGGCCACGUACGACGCCGUCGGAGACCACUUCCGCAAGAUCUGGGGUCCCCACGCCGGCUGGGCGCAGAGCGUGCUCUUCACCGCGAACCUCAAGUCCUUUUCGCAGCAGGCGUCAGGCGCCAAGGCGGAGGUCUCGUCCGCUGCGAUCAAGGUGGAAGAGGCCAAAGAGACGACGGCGCUUGCUGGCAAACCGGCUGCGAGGGUAACGAAGAGGAAGACGGUUGUAACAGAGGUCUCGUCCGCUGUGGUCAAAGUGGAAGAGAUCACAGAGACGACGGCGCUGGUUGGCAAGCCGGCCGCGCGGGUAAAGAAAAGGAAGACGGUGGUGGCAAAGGUGGCUCUGAAACUUGAGGACGACGACAUUCAGGUUGCUGAGGCCAAGAUCUCAACGUUGAGGACGAGCAAGCGACUGAGAACUCGUGCCUAGAGGACCAUAGAGCGCUGCUUCGAUCUACACUGUGGAAAGCAAGAUUAGCCUCAGCAAGACCUUGAUUGUUGAUUACAGAUAUUUGUUUAGCUAAGGCAUUCGUUGAGCGAAAUGCAUUGUACAACAUAAUACAUAUUUUAUUGUGGCACAUAGCAGUGAGUUAUAAGCUACGUCCCUUAAUUUAGAUACUGUGGAAGGCCGCUCUUCCUCGGUGGAUCACAACUAACUAAGAAAAGG